AUGGCCAUAACAGUAGCUAUCAACUUAGCUCUAAUAAGUCCAUCGACUUUAUUUCAUCCCAAGUCUCCGAAUCCUUCAAAGCUCAGAGCUUUCACUCUCAGAUGCUCCUCCGCCACCUCAACCGCGGUCCCUGAUUUGGCAGAAAUACCUUGGAAGACUUCAGAUGCUAGACUUGUGCUUGAAGAUGGUUCAAUCUGGAGAGCAAAGUCGUUUGGUGCUUCAGGGACCCAAGUUGGUGAAGUUGUAUUCAAUACAUCCUUGACCGGGUAUCAAGAAAUUCUUACAGACCCUAGUUAUGCUGGCCAAUUUGUUCUCAUGACAAACCCACAUAUUGGAAAUACUGGUGUAAAUUUUGAUGAUCAAGAAUCAAGACAAUGUUUCCUUGCUGGUCUAGUGGUUAGAAGUUUAAGUAUCAGUACUUCAAAUUGGAGAUGUGCAGAAACACUUGGUGAUUAUUUAGCAGAAAGGAAUAUCAUGGGAAUUUAUGAUAUUGACACACGUGCUAUCACCCGAAGAUUAAGGCAAGAUGGAAGCCUUAUUGGUGUUUUGAGUACAGAAAGGACAAAAACAGAUGAAGAACUAUUGGAAAUGUCUCGUUCGUGGGACAUUGUUGGGGUUGAUUUAAUAAGUGGUGUGUCAUGUAAGGCCCCUCAUGAUUGGGUUGAUAGAACAAAACCAGAGUGGGAAUUUAACUCCAGUAAAAGAGGUGGAGAGGCAUUCCGUGUUAUAGCAUAUGAUUUUGGAAUCAAGCAUAAUAUACUCAAGCGCUUGGCUUCCUAUGGUUGUAAAAUUACUGUUGUGCCUUCAACAUGGCCCGCAUCAGAGACUCUUAAGAUGAAACCAGAUGGGGUCCUUUUCAGCAAUGGCCCUGGAGACCCAUCUGCUGUUCCUUAUGCUGUUGAAACAGUUAAGGAGAUCAUUGGAAAGGUUCCUGCUUUUGGAAUCUGCAUGGGUCAUCAGUUGCUUGGCUUGGCAUUAGGUGGUAAAACUUUUAAAAUGAAGUUUGGCCACCACGGAGGAAAUCAUCCAGUUCGUAAUCUUCGUAGCGGACAUGUUGAGAUAAGCGCUCAGAAUCACAACUAUGCAGUUGACUCUUUGUCACUUCCAGAGGGUGUAGAAGUAACUCAUGUCAAUCUUAAUGAUGGAAGCUGUGCUGGUCUUGCCUAUCCUGCACAAAACAUCAUGUCUAUUCAGUACCACCCUGAAGCAUCCCCAGGACCCCAUGAUUCGGACUAUGCUGAUGAAGAAAGUGAAAGUAAAUUCAUGAGUGAUGGCUGCACUGAGCUUUAUUUGAUGGAUGGCAUGUCUAAGGCGGCGAGGGUUCAAUGGUAA